AUGGAAACUGUUUCGGAUCCUCCAACUUUCGAGCAAUUAGUUAACUUACAGGCAUAUCGGGCCCAAUCCCUUAAAUCGACGCUGCUGAAUUUUAAAAAGGAUUCACAAUCGAGGAAAACGAGAAUUUAUUUAAAGAAGCGGUUGCAACAAGUGGAAGAGCUAAGGAGCGCGUUCCAGGAGACUGAUGCCGUGAUCGUGAAUCUAGAAGGGUUUGCGGAAUCGAGCUAUGCCGUGAAAAAUUUCCAGUCGGAGUUCGAGGAGCGUUAUAUGGACGCCUAUUGUGCCAUCGCAGAGGAUUUGGAUAGACUUGAAGCCGAGACUCCUAAGCUGCAGCCACUGCCAAGUGGAGCCGCUGAUCCGGAGGUGCGACUGAACAUGCCACAGAUGUCAGUUCCCAAGUUUUCCGGUGCGUGUGUGGACUGGCCAGGCUACUAUGACGCUUUCACGAGCCUCAUACAUAACAACAAUAAUUUGAGUAACGUACAGCGGUUACAUUUUCUGAAGGAAUCGUUGCCGGUAGGGCGCGAUAAUGACAUCCGUCAAAUGCAGCUCACGGAGACGAACUACGCCGUGGCAUGGGGAAUGAUGAUUAAAAGGUACAACAAUCCUCGUCUAGUGUUUUCCCACCACAUGAACGCGAUAUACGCGUUGCCCAGGCUGCAAAAGGAUAAUACGGAUUCCAUACGGUCGAUGCUGAGCACGGUCAAUGUUUGCCUGGCUGCAUUCCGCCGCGUCCAAGCCUUGGACGGGGAACGGCAGCACUGGUUGGCGCAUUACAUAGCAGCGAAGUUGCCCAAGGAGACCCACAACGCUUGGGAGCACCACCAAGGGAGCGGUGCCACCGUUCCCACUCAUAAGGAUUUAGAAUCGUUUUUGAAUGAUCGGCUGGUCAUAAUGGAUGCGAUCGAGAACCGAAGCUCGUCGUACGACUCCAAUAAUGGCCCAGGAUCUGCCGACCCAGGCAAGAGAGUGCGAGUGCAUAAUGCACAGGAGCACUCAAGGCGCCCGAGUAGCUCCUGUUAUCACUGUAGCGGUGACCAUAUCCUGCGUCGUUGUGCCGCCUUUCUGGCCUUGGACUGCUAUAAGAGGAAGGACAUAGUCACCAGGGCGAAAUUAUGUAUUAAUUGUCUGAGUAAAGCACAUGCGCUUUCCCGCUGUACCAGCAAUAAGAGCUGCCAAAUUUGUGGCCAGCGCCAUCAUACGCUGUUGCAUUUCCCAGCAUUGGCUCAGGACCGAUCGUCAAGCCAUACACCGCUGCAUCCAGUUCGGUCUGCCGCGACGCAUCCUGAUGCAGCUGGGGAGACCGUACCUCAGCAGGGCCUACAGUCAACGUGGGGCCAGAAUCCGGACGCAUCUUACAGAUGCUAUUCAGCAACUUCGGCGAAUGGGUCCUCCCGAAAUGUGCUCCUCGCCACUGCUCGUAUUGCCGUACGAAACCCGGUCAACGGGCUACGAGCGGUCAUAAAUGCUCUCAUCGAUCAAGGAUCUGAGGCAACCAUAGUUUCGGAGCACGUCGUACAGUCCCUGCAUCUGAGACGCCUUAGCUUCACGCCGCAGCGUUGGAAUCAUAUUCGAGGGCUCCCUCUGGCGGAUCCGAGCUACGCCCGGUCGAAGAGAGUCGAUCUCAUCUUAGGAGCGGACAUGUUGGCGCAAAUCAUGCUGCCAGACACCAGGAUUGGAUUGCCCGGCGAGCCUAUAGCGCAGAAUACACGCUUCGGAUGGAUUCUAUCGGGACGUGCCGAAGGACGACAGAGGGGGGACCUCUGGUGCGAGUCGUUUUUUCAGGAGACCCACGUGCGUCGACCGGAUGGCCGCUAUGUGGUCAGGUUGCCUUUUAAAACCUAUCUCGAUCCGACCAUGGUCUUGGGAAAGUCUCAUCAGAUGGCGCUUAAUCGGUUUCUCCAGAUGGAAAGGCGUCUGUCCAACAAUCCAGACCGUUGGAGCAAAUAUGUGGAUGAGAUUGAGGAAUACUUCGCGCUCGAGCAAAUAGCGCCGGCAAUGGGCAGUGAAAGCAGCACAUUAAGGAGUACGGCCGCGAACAGGCAUGUAGCCUCUUGUGUACUUCCGCAUCACGCUGUCUUUAAGAAGGAAAUUCAGUCAACCAAACAGCGAAUCGUCUUCGAUGCCUCCUCAAGGACUAGCAAUGGAAGAUCUUUAAAUGACAUUUUGUGGACUGGGCCUACUCUUCAAAACGACAUGUCUGCAGUCAUUCUCAACUGGCGGAAAUAUCGUUUUGUUUUCACGGCGGAUAUACAGAAAAUGUAUCGGUGUAUCGAUGUUCACCCGGAAGACGCCCAAUAUCAGCGGAUUUUAUGGCGGGCGGCGGAUGGGUCCAUCAACGUUUAUGCGUUGACAACGCUAACCUUCGGAACGGCUUCGGCACCCUUCAUGGCGAUCAGAGUCAUUCAACAAUUAGCGAAGGAUGAGCGGUGUUCGUUUCCUAAGGCGGAAGAAGUAUUAAGGGACGAGAUCUACGUGGACGACAUUCUUUCCGGUGGGCAUACGAUAGAAGAUGCGGAGGAUAAACGGGCCCAGGUAUCGGGUGCUAUAAAAUCCGCUUGCAUGGAGUUGCGGAAAUGGUCCAGCAACGAAGAGAGCCUUUUGCAAUCGAUUCCGCCAGAGCAUCAAUGCAGUCGGACACCUCUGAACUGGGACGCUGCGGAUCCGAUCAAGGCGUUAGGAAUGUAUUGGCUCCCCAAUAAGGACUGCUUCAAAUUUCAGGUCAAUUUUGAGAUACCACCUACUUUCACUAAGAGGACGAUCCUGUCGAGCAUAGCGAGGCUGUUCGACCCGCUAGGUCUCAUCGCGCCAGUCAUCAUCUCGGGAAAGUUAAUAUUGAAGGAGGUAACCAUGGCUAAGAAAACGCAGGACAACGGCGCUAGGACGGCUCUGGAUUGGGACGACGAGGUUCCUAAGGCUCUUGCGGAAAGGUGGCAAGCAUUUCGGGACGGCUUGCUGGGGAUAGACGGCCUGAGCAUACAGCGGUGGAUUCAUUAUUCCCCAGGAUCCAUAGUAUCAGCUCAGCUGCACGCGUUUUGUGACGGAUCUUCCACGUCCUAUGCAGCUACUACUUAUCUAAGGCUCGAGCACGGGAAUGGAGCGUGCUACGUCUCGCUGUUGGCCGCAAAAUCAAAGGUUACCCCUACUAAACCCCUAACCAUACCAAGAACGGAGCUGAGUGGUGCAGUGCUAGCCGUCAAGUUGGUGAAAUGGCUUACAUCGGCUAGGUGGCUAAAUGACCUUCCCAUCCAGACCUUUUAUUGGACGGAUGCCACGAUUCUUCUUCAUUGGCUGCACGGGGACGUCAAUAGAUGGAAGACGUUCGUUGCCAACAGGGUCGCCUUCAUUCUGGACCACUCGUCGCCAUCGCAAUGGAGACAUGUAGGUACUAACGAGAAUCCAGCGGACUGUGCGACAAGAGGGCUUCCUCCGAGCGAGCUAAAGGAUUUUGAUUUGUGGUGGCGAGGCCCGGAGUGGCUUACACGCAAGCAAGAUGACUGGCCUUCGACGGAGAUCGGGCAGGUCGACAUACACGAUGCCGCGCUGGAGGCAAAGGCGGACAAGGUACGCGUUCACCUGGCAGUUCCGCAACCAUCGUUGGUUGAGAGGUUUUCCAGUUUCAGCCAGGCCAUAAGAGUCACAGCAUUUAUAAUUCGGUUCAAAAGCAAUGCUAUUAGCAAAGGAGAGAGGUAUACCGGUCCCCUAAGCAUUAAGGAGCUCGACUAUGCUUUACUCGCCAUCGUGCGCAUUGUUCAAAGGGAGUCCUUCUCGUCUGAGCUGGCCGCAUUGAUGAAUUCUAAACGGCUGCCCUCCAAAAGCAAGCUUCAGAAGCUAGUAAUACGGUACUCGCAUACUUUGACUCUGCACGGAGGUGCGCAGCUGACCUUGGCCCACGCUCGCCAGCGGUUCUGGAUACUGACAGGGAGGCAAGCAGUUCGAAGGGUGCUGCGGAAGUGCGUGAGGUGCUUUCGCACCCGGCCAACCACCUCGGCUCAGCUCAUGGGAGACCUGCCGCUACACAGGGUCAACCCCCCUAAUCGACCGUUCCUGGCGACGGGAGUUGACUACACAGGCGCUAUAGAGCUGAAGGCAGCGCGCUUGAGAGGAACCAGCUUCUACAAGGGAUACAUAGCCGUUUUCAUUUGUCUGGCGACGAAGGCUGUACACUUGGAGGCAGUGACGGGUCUCACCACGGAGCAUUUCUUGCUGGCUUUAGACCGGUUCACCGGGCGGCGAGGGAUGGUUCAGCAUUUAUACAGUGACAACGGAACCAACUUUAUCGGCGCGGAUAAUCUAAUGAAGGCAUUAUUCGGAAGGCUGCAGGAGGAUUACGAGAAGCUCAUAGCCCCAAAGCUCGCUGCGCAGCGUGCCACUUGGCAUUUCAAUCCACCUCAAUCGCCCAACUUUGGCGGGCUGUGGGAGGCCAAUGUGAAGUCGGUGAAGCACCACCUUAAGAGGGUCAUCGCCGAUCGACGGCUCACCUAUGAGGAGUUAUCUACGGUGCUCAUAAGCAUAGAAGCAUGCCUCAACUCGCGGCCGCUGUGCCCUCUCACAGCCGAUGCUGACGAUCUAGAGGUGCUUACGCCGGCUCAUUUUCUAAUUGGAGACUCCAUGUUGGCGCCUCCGGAGUAUAGGCCGCAGUCCAAGUCCUUCGCAGAGCAGUUUCUUAUCCAGCAGUCAAUGAUUCGCCAUUUCUGGAAGGCUUGGAGUCGAGACUGGCUGGCUCAUCUGCAGCAGAGACCGAAGUGGUGUCAUGAGGCUGAAGGUCUGCAGUUGAACGACCUUGUCAUCAUCAAGGAUGACCGAUUCCCGCCUUCACAGUGGCUGUUAGGACGGGUCGUCGAGUUACACCCAGGGGCGGAUGCAUUCUGCCCCGCCUACUACCCCCAGGAUGGACUGGACACGCGGAGAUGUCUCAUGCUAGGUCUAGCAUUGGCGGGCGGCAUGUUCAGUUUUGCUGCGUGUCCCACUGUGCGGGAGAGUGGCGAUCAGCCGAUCGCUCACUCGUCGCUGGACAGUGCAUACGAUGCGGGAAGAAGAGAAUGGAAGAGAGGUGAAAAGUUAGUCUGA